AUGGUUAUGUCCUAUGAUGUUGGUACCCGUUGUUGGUAUCCAGACGAAAAGCUUGGGUGGAUAGGAGCUUCAGUUACGUCGAAUAAGAAGCAGGAUAAUAAUAAAUAUGUAUUGGAAUUAGUUUCAGACACUGAUGAGUCUCAGACGUUCACAAUCGAAACGGACGAUUUAAAUGACGAUAAUGACAAAUUACCACCAUUACGAAACCCACCUAUUUUGGAAGCGGCCGAAGAUUUGACCAGUUUGUCUUAUUUGAACGAACCAGCCGUUUUGCAUGCCAUCAAGCUUCGUUACUCGCAAUUGAAUAUUUACACCUACUCUGGGAUAGUUUUGAUUGCGACAAACCCGUUCCAACGGGUUGACCAGUUGUAUUCGCAAGAUAUUAUUCAAGCGUAUGCCGGUAAAACAAGAGGUGAGUUAGAUCCACAUUUGUUUGCAAUUGCUGAAGAUGCUUAUAGAUGUAUGAAGAUCGACGGUAAAAAUCAAACCAUUGUGGUAAGUGGUGAAUCAGGUGCUGGGAAGACUGUUAGUGCAAAGUAUAUCAUGAGAUAUUUCGCUUCUGUCGAAGAAGAUUCUGAAUUAGUUUCUAAUAUUGGAACUGAACAUAAAUCUGACAUGUCUGACGUCGAAAAGCAAAUUUUGGCUACUAAUCCUAUUAUGGAAGCAUUCGGUAAUGCUAAAACAACUAGAAAUGAUAAUUCUUCAAGAUUCGGUAAAUAUUUGGAAAUUUUAUUCGACAACACAACAUCGAUCAUUGGUGCUAGGAUUAGGACAUAUUUAUUAGAAAGAUCGAGGUUAGUCUUCCAACCUAAGAGUGAGAGGAAUUACCAUAUUUUUUAUCAAAUAUUAGCCGGUAUGAAAGAUGGCGAUAAAGCGACUUUAGGUUUAACUAGCGCUGAAGACUAUAAAUACACUAAUCAAGGUGGUUUUCCUCGUAUUGAUGGGGUAGAUGAUGCUGAAGAGUUUAACAUUACUAAAGACGCCUUGUCUUUGAUUGGAGUUGGUAAAGAGAAACAAAUGGAAAUUUAUAAGAUUUUGGCAGCCUUAUUACAUAUUGGUAAUAUUGAAAUUAGUGCUACUAGAAACGAUGCUCAUUUAUCAUCAGACGAACCAAAUUUGGUUAAAGCGUGUGAAUUAUUAGGUAUUGAUCCUAUGAACUUCAGUAAAUGGUGUGUAAAAAAGCAGAUUACUACAAGAUCUGAGAAGAUUGUGAGUAAUUUAAACCAUAAUCAAGCAAAUGUAGCUAGAGAUUCCUUUGCCAAAUAUAUCUAUUCCGCAUUGUUUGAUUGGUUAGUCAAUUAUGUGAAUACUGAUUUAUGUCCACCUGAAGUUGGUGAAAAAAUUAAAUCAUUUAUUGGGGUCUUAGAUAUCUACGGGUUUGAGCAUUUUGAGAAGAAUUCUUUUGAACAGUUCUGUAUUAAUUAUGCCAAUGAAAAAUUACAGCAGGAAUUUAAUCAGCAUGUUUUCAAACUUGAGCAAGAAGAGUAUGUUAAAGAAGAAAUUGAAUGGUCAUUCAUUGAUUUUGCAGACAAUCAGCCAUGCAUUAAUUUGAUCGAAAAUAAGUUGGGUAUUUUAUCAUUAUUAGAUGAAGAAUCGAGAUUACCUGCCGGUAACGAUCAAUCAUGGAUUGAAAAAAUGUAUCAAACCCUCGAUAAGGAACCAACUAAUAAGGUUUUUAAGAAGCCAAGGUUUGGUCAAACUAAAUUCAUAGUCAGUCAUUAUGCUCUUGAUGUUAGCUACGAUAUUGAUGGUUUCAUUGAAAAGAAUAGAGACACCGUUGGUGAAGGCCAUUUGGAUGUCAUGAAACAAUCAACUAAUGAAAUGUUACAAUCUGUUCUUGAAAUUAUAGAUAAGAAUGCAAAAGCUUUGGAAGCAUCGAAGCCUGAAACUAAUUCUAGAGUAAGAUCAGUUGCAAGCAAAAAGCCAACAUUGGGUUCUAUGUUCAAAAACUCUUUAAUUGAAUUGAUGAAGACUAUUGAUUCUACAAAUGUUCAUUAUAUCAGAUGUAUUAAGCCUAAUGAAGAAAAGAAAGCUUGGGAGUUUGACUCGUUAAUGGUCUUAUCUCAAUUGCGGGCAUGUGGUGUUUUAGAAACUAUUAGAAUUUCAUGUGCUGGAUUCCCUUCAAGGUGGCCAUAUGUCGAAUUCGCUGACAGAUAUCAUAUAUUAGUUCCUUCGAGUUUGUGGAUGGAAGUUAUGAGUGGUGAGACAACACAGGAAUCUGUUAGUGACUUGUGUAAUAAGAUUUUGGAUACAAAUAUCGAAGAUAAGAGUAAAUACCAAUUAGGUAAUACUAAAAUUUUCUUCAAAGCUGGUAUGUUGGCACAUUUCGAAAAAUUGAGGUCUGAUAAGUUAUUCCAAUCGGCUGUUAUGAUCCAAAAGAACUUAAGAAGGCGCUAUCACCAAAACAACUAUUCAAAUAUUAGACAGUCACAUAUUAGUUUGCAAGCUUUAGUUCGUGGACAUACAAAGAGAACCCAAAUCAGAAAGGAAACUGAAGAUAAGGCUGCGACGAAUAUACAAACUGCUAUUAGGGGAUUCAUGGCUAGAAAGCAAUUAAAAGAUACCCUUGCGUCUAUUGUCGUCUUACAGAAAUCCAUUAGAGGUUUGCAAGGAAGAAGAAACUUUACCCGUGCAAGGUCGGAAAAAUCAGCUAUCACCUUACAGAAUGCUUGGAGAGGUCAUACUGCUAGACGUGAUUAUAAGAAGUCUAUGAAGGCAGUUGUCUUACUUCAAUCCUGUUUCAGAAGGAAGUUGGCCAUUGGUGAAUUGAAGGAUUUGAAGGUUAAUGCUAAAUCAGUCAAUCACUUGAAAGAGGUUUCUUACAAAUUAGAAAACAAGGUUAUUGAAUUAACUCAGUCGUUAACUUCCAAAAUUCAAGAUAAUAAGAAGUUAGUCAGCGAAAUUGCAGGCUUGAAGGUCUUGUUAGAUCAAUCAAGUAACGUGCAUGAAACCUUGAAAUCUAGAGAACUUGAAUUUAAUGAAAAGUAUGACUCUCAAAAUGUAGGACAUCAACAAGAAAUCGAAAGCUUGAAUAAGGAAUUAGAAUCCAUUAAGUCUGAAUAUUCUUCAGCUGAACAGAAGAUAGAACAAUUAACUAAGGAGCAAGCAGAUUUAAGACAAGAAGUGCAUCGUAAUAUCGAAGAAUUGAAUCAAGCUAAGGAUGCUCUUGUUAAGCGUGAUACAAUUGAAGUUGACUUGAAAUCUCAUAUUGAGCAGUUGAAAUCUGAAAUUGCAAGUUUGCAAUCGCAACAACAGAAAGGUGUUAUUUCCAAUCCAAAAUCGAGAAAUGUCAGUAACAAGCGCCAUAGUAGCGCUUUAGCUUGGAACUCACCAGCAUCAUUAGAUCAAAAUGGCAACAGACCAGUAUCAGUAAUUGCUGUUUCAAAUGAUGAGGACGCCAAUGUGGAUGAUAUCAAUGAUGAAUUGUUCAGAUUAUUAAGAGACUCAAGGCAGUUGCAUAAGGAAAUCGUUGAAGGAUUGUUAAAGGGUUUGAAAAUUCCACCUGCCGGUGUUGCAGCUGACUUGACCAGAAAAGAAGUGUUAUUCCCUGCAAGAAUUAUAAUUAUUAUAUUAUCUGAUAUGUGGAGACUAGGCUUAACCAAGGAAAGUGAAGAGUUUUUAGGUGAAGUUUUGGCAGCCAUUCAACAGAUUGUAUCCACAUUAAAGGAUGAUGAAGUCAUUUCAAAUGGGGCCUUUUGGUUAUCAAACACACAUGAAUUAUAUUCAUUUGUUUCGUAUGCUCAACAGACCAUUAUUGCAAAUGACACAUUAUCUCACGAGAUGAGCGAGGAAGAAUUCGACGAAUACUUGAAAUUAGUUGCAGUCGUGAAGGAAGACUUUGAAUCCCUUUCAUAUAAUAUUUACAAUAUGUGGAUGAAAAAAAUGGAAAAGGAUUUAGAGAAGAAAGCUGUCUCUGCGGUAGUUUUGUCUCAAUCUUUACCAGGAUUUAUGGCACCAGAGAAUUCGCCAUUUUUGGCCAAGGUCUUUUCUCCAGGUGUGCAAUAUAAGAUGGAUGAUAUAUUGAGCUUUUUUAAUUCAGUAUACUGGUCUAUGAAGUCAUAUUUCAUUGAAUAUGAAGUUAUGAAUGAAGUAAUAAUCGAAUUAUUAAGGUUCGUUGAUGCCUUAUGUUUCAACGAUUUAAUCAUGAGACGUAAUUUCUUGUCGUGGAAGAGAGGUUUGCAAUUAAAUUACAAUGUGACGAGAUUAGAAGAAUGGUGCAAGGGUCAUGAAAUCCAAGAAGGCUCUGGAUAUUUAAAUCAUUUGUUACAGGCAGCAAAGUUAUUGCAAUUACGUAAAAAUACCCCUGAUGAUAUUGAAAUUAUUUAUGAAAUUUGUUACGCCUUGAAACCAAUUCAAAUUCAAAAAUUGAUCUCACAAUACUAUGUCGCCGAUUAUGAAACACCAAUAGCGCCAAAUGUUUUGCAAGCGGUUGCAGAUAGGGUUAAAGCUAAUGAUGGUACAAACAAUGAUGAUUUGUUUGAAUUAGUGUCAACUGAUGGACAUUUCAACGAUCCAUUUAGAUCAGUAAAUUUAAGACCAUUUUCAAGAGUCGAAGCAUACGUACCAGCAUGGUUAAGUUUACCAGUAAUAAGAAGAAUUGUCGAAUUAGUAGCCAAGAAUGCAUCUGUCCAAGAAUCGAAUAAUUUCGAUGAAAAGGAAGAAAUGAAUGGAUUUGAAAAUGAAGUUCCUACAACAGCCCAAGUAUAG